UUCCUACAAACAAACACACAAGUCAUUUAAACACCAUUCCUCCAACACUUUCUUUAUUUUGACUUAACCAUGGCGGAGGGAAGAGGCAGUGCAAUGGUGGCAGCGGUGGUGCUCAGCCUCAUGUUGGUGUCGCUUCAUUGUCAGGUGGCUCACGCCGCCACUUAUGUCGUAGGCGGCAGAAGUGGUUGGACCUUCGGCCUCUCCAACUGGCCACGUGGCAAGAAUUUCAAGGCUGGAGACAUUCUUGUGUUUAACUACAAGAUAGGAGCACACAAUGUGGUGGCAGUGAACAAGGCAGGAUAUAAAGGGUGCAGCAACACUCCAAGAAAUGCAAAAGUCUACAGUAGUGGAAAAGACCAAAUUAGGCUUGUGAAGGGUCUGAAUAACUUCAUUUGCACUUUCCCUGGUCAUUGUGACGCUGGCAUGAAGAUUCAAGUACUGGCCUCUUAAUUAACUACUACUUUUGACACCAACAAAAUAUAAUAACUAAAUAAAAGUGAAUCAUAGAUUCGAUAUCGGUUGUAUGUCAAGUUAUAUAUGUAUUAUGAGUUUUUGAUGGUUUUAGGUGUGUUGUAUAAGCAUAAGUAAAGGUUCACUCGGAAUUAUAUCUCAUUUGAAGUUAAGGAUCAA